UUUCCAUUCGGGCUGGGAAGGGCUGGGGCUCCACUCAGCCGGGCGACCAAAGCGCUGCACUCAGCGCUCGCCGCCGCCCAGCCUCUCCUCGCUGUAUCUCCUAUCUCCUUGCUGAGCACCAGAAGCGAGAAGCGGUCCAGAGCUCGAGGGUGAAAAGGGCGAGUCUUUCUGGCUUUUCUCCUAUCUUGCUUCUUUCCCCCCGGUGCUUCCCACUUCUGUGCAAGCGAGCGUGUGAGCCAUGGAGCGAAGAGCCUGGACUCUGCAAUGUACUGCUUUCGCUCUCUUUUGCACUUGGUGUGCAUUGAACAGUGUAAACGCGAAGAGGCAGUUUGUAAACGAAUGGGCGGCGGAGAUCCCCGGGGGACCAGAGGCGGCCUCGGCCAUAGCGGAGGAGCUGGGCUAUGACCUUUUGGGUCAGAUUGGAUCACUCGAAAAUCACUACUUACUCAAACAUAAAAACCAUCCUCGAAGGUCUCGAAGGAGUGCCCUUCAUAUCACUAAGAGAUUAUCUGAUGAUGAUCGUGUGAUAUGGGCUGAACAGCAGUAUGAAAAAGAGAGAAGGAAACGUUCAAGUCUAGGAGACUCAGCACUAAAUCUCUUCAAUGAUCCAAUGUGGAAUCAGCAGUGGUACUUGCGAGACACGAGGACAACCGCCUCCCUGCCCAAGUUGGAUCUCCAUGUGAUACCUGUUUGGCAAAAAGGCAUCACGGGCAAAGGAGUUGUUAUCACUGUACUGGAUGAUGGCUUGGAGUGGAAUCACACGGACAUCUACGCCAAUUACGAUCCAGAGGCUAGCUACGAUUUUAACGAUAAUGACCAUGAUCCAUUUCCCCGAUAUGAUUCCACAAAUGAGAACAAACAUGGGACCAGAUGUGCAGGAGAAAUUGCCAUGCAAGCUAAUAAUCACAAGUGUGGGGUCGGAAUUGCAUACAAUUCCAAAGUCGGAGGCAUAAGAAUGUUGGAUGGCAUUGUGACCGAUGCUAUUGAAGCGAGUUCAAUUGGAUUCAAUCCUGGACAUGUGGAUAUUUACAGCGCGAGCUGGGGCCCUAAUGAUGAUGGGAAAACUGUGGAGGGGCCUGGCCGACUAGCCCAGAAGGCUUUUGAAUAUGGUGUUAAACAGGGGAGACAAGGAAAGGGCUCCAUCUUCGUCUGGGCUUCUGGCAAUGGGGGGCGUCAGGGAGAUAACUGUGACUGUGAUGGGUACACGGACAGCAUCUACACCAUCUCCAUCAGCAGCGCCUCGCAGCAGGGCCUGUCCCCCUGGUAUGCUGAGAAGUGCUCCUCCACGCUGGCCACCUCGUACAGCAGCGGGGAUUACACCGACCAGAGAAUCACGAGUGCUGACCUGCAUAAUGACUGCACAGAGACCCACACGGGCACCUCGGCCUCGGCACCCCUGGCCGCUGGCAUCUUCGCUCUGGCCCUGGAAGCAAAUCCAAAUCUCACCUGGCGAGAUAUGCAGCACUUGGUUGUCUGGACCUCUGAGUAUGACCCAUUGGCCAAUAACCCAGGAUGGAAAAAGAAUGGAGCAGGCUUGAUGGUGAACAGCCGAUUUGGAUUCGGGUUGCUAAAUGCCAAAGCUCUGGUGGAUUUAGCUGAUCCAAGAACCUGGAAGAGUGUGCCUGAGAAGAAACAGUGUGUUGUCAAGGACAAAGAGUUUGAGCCCAGAGUCCUGAAAGCAAAUGAGGAAGUUAUCAUUGAAAUUCCAACAAGAGCUUGUGAAGACCAGGAAAAUGCUAUCAAGUCCCUGGAACACGUACAAUUCGAACCAACAAUUGAAUAUUCCCGAAGAGGAGACCUUCAUGUCACACUCACUUCUGCUGCUGGAACCAACACUGUUCUAUUGGCUGAAAGAGAGCGGGAUACAUCUCCUAAUGGCUUUAAAAAUUGGGACUUCAUGUCUGUUCACACAUGGGGAGAGAAUCCAGUAGGCACCUGGACUUUGCGAAUUACAGACAUGUCCGGAAGAAUGCAAAAUGAAGGAAGAAUUGUGAACUGGAAGUUGAUUUUGCAUGGGACCUCUUCUCAGCCAGAACACAUGAAGCAGCCUCGUGUGUACACAUCCUACAACACCGUGCAGAAUGACAGAAGAGGGGUGGAGAAGAUGGAUUUGGGGGAGGAGGAGACCGCAGAAGAGACCCUGAGUGAGAACCCCCUGACUGCGGCCAAAAGCCUCAGCAGGAGCGGCAGCGUGGGAAACAGAAGGGAUGAGCUGGGAGAGGAGAGAGCCCCAUCCGAGGCCAUGCUGCGACUCCUACAAAGUGCGUUCAGCAAGAACUCACCAGCAAAGCAAUCGGCAAAGAAGUCUCCAAGUACAGAGCUCAGCAUCCCUUAUGAAAAUUUCUACAAAGCCCUGGAAAAGCUGAACAAACCUUCCCAGCGAAAAGACACUGAGGACAGUCUGUACAGUGACUAUGUCGAUGUUUUCUACAACACAAAACCUUACAAGCACAGAGACGACCGGCUGCUGCAAGCUCUGGUGGACAUUCUGAGGAAGGAAAAGUAAAACAAGUCUAUGGUCCUGGGUUGGGAAUAUUCAUGCUUCUUCCUCCCCCUUAGAUUUUGCCUGUGUCUGAAGUGGUUGUUUUGGUCAUUGAUUCUUAUGCUUAUAAUAUCCUUUGUGAUACUUUUUCUUUUUCUCCUCAAACUGGACAUUUCUAAAGGAUGAGCUCAAAUAGUAAAUCCAGCUUCCUGAACGGAUCAUAGAUCUUUCAAAGCACGUCUUCCCUGCGUACACAUGUAAAAUGGUUGUUCUUUCUGGAGCCACAGUUCACAUGUGGUCCGUGGACCACAUUAAAAUGCCUCUGUGAGCCUUCCCAUUUCAUUUCUUACAAUAACCUGGGCAAUGGAUGAAUUUGAAAAAGUAACCUGGUAAGGAUGAUAGGAAGGAACACUGUUCUGAUAGCUGGUCCCCUGCCUUUGUCCUGUAGUGCUUUGAAUUUUGAUGCCAAAGAAAGCUUUGGAAAGUCUCUGAUGAAAAGGGUUCACAAUUAGACGCAUACCCUAUCUUUUCUAUUCCAAAGCAGUACUUAUUCAGGGAAUGAUUAUCUGGUCAUUUGGGGAAAAGCUGAUUUAUUUAGAUCUAGAAACAGACCUUAAGAUCUGCGUUAUCUGGUUGGAGCAGUUUUAGAACAUUCGUCUUUGCUUAGUGUGCCAUGUAUAGGCUUCUGUGGAUCUAAAGGUGACGAGACUCAUGCAUUGUGCUCUCGUCUUCCUCAAUUUCCCCUUCUGAAGGUUUUCCUCACCUGUCUCCUUUCUCAGACACAAAUUAAAUACUGAGAGAACUAAUUUAUACUACUUUC